UCGGACCACUGCAACCAAACCAGUGGUAACGAUGUGGCCUCAGCCAGAGCACGAUGGCGUAAACAUUGAAACUUCCUCACCUUGCGUUAGCGUCAAAGGGUUACUCACUUGGCUUCAGUGAAAAUGACAACGAGCUGCUCGCCGAUUUUUCCCCAUGUACAGAUUAGCGAUCACGUUGACUUGACGUAUGCUUAUUUCUAAUCGGAUAUACAUGUAUGCCGUUAAAGAAGAACUAUUUUACUGAUGGCAACCAUGAAGGAUCGGAGUUUAUCGGAUAUUGCAAAGGCCAUGUAAACGUGACGAUAGAUUUCUAGAUAAAACACUGGUGAAAACAUUGAAAAAGGGGAUAUUACACAAAGAAGAUGCUUCGGUUGUUGAAAUAUUUACACCGACAAUUAUAGCGCGUCCGCUAUUCUCCUAUACUAUUAACUACAAUGGCGACUACUGUAGCAAAUUCAAAUCGGACUAGCGACCGAAGUAUGAAUGGAUCAAACUCACUGAGCAGCGCACGGCGGGGACACAGGGAACGUCUCCUUCCCGAGACACUGCAAUAUCAGCGUAGAGGAUCCUAUAGAAAGCGCACAAGCAGAGACAGUAUCCACAAAGAGGAACAAGAGAGAAUUCCCAAAGGGGAAGGGAAGUUUGCGGGACUCAAGCGGCACCCGAAGGCCCGGGCGAUGUUAUCUACAGUGACUUCUCUGGCGGUGGGCAGCAGGCGGGCGAAAAACCAGUUCGCCCGCAGUCGGGAGGGCUAUAAAUCCAGUGAUCUUGGCGCGGCACUCAAGAAACAGGUUUCGCAGAUAACGCUCAUUCGGCGGAACAUGAAGGAGUUACAUAUGCAUGUUACGUCACGGUUCAAGAACCCUGGGGAGGCAAAGGCGCUGUUCAAGAAGUGUGUCCGCAGGGCGGUGAUAUUUCUGGCCUGGGUGUCUGUCCUAAACGAAAAAAGCAAUAACGUAGCCCGCCAGUUCCGGACGUUCACAGACAUGGUGGCUGAAAUUGAUAAUGAAGACGAGUACGAGUCGGAAAACCUAAAGGAACUGAAGGAGGCCGGGCUCUCCUUCGAUAAGAAUUACUUCAAGGCAACGAAAGAGGUUCGGCUAACACCCGAGGUCCUUUCCAUCCUCACCCUCUCCCCCGACGCUAGGACAGAUGAAAUGUGUCAACAGGUGCUACAAAGACUUCAAGCCAUGAAGAUUUUUUCAGACUACCCUAUCCACAUCCAGGAAAAACUUUGCCGGGCAGCCUGGUACUUACCUUUACCGCCGAAGAAACGUAUCAUUCAAGAGGGUCAUCACGCUGAAAACUUCUACGCUGUGCUAUCAGGCCAAGCUCUUGUCCGUGUUCGGCGGCAGGACCCCUCCACCGGUGAGACAGUUCAGCAGACGGUAUCCAGGAUAAAGAAAGGGGAAAACUUCGGGGAACUCGCGAUAAUCUACCGGACCCAGCGAACAGAGACUGUGGAGAGUGCCAGUCACAUGCAGCUUCUGGUCGUGGGGCGAGAUGAAUUCCUCCAUAUAUUCCUCAACACGGAGGAUGAAAACGAAGAACCAGAUCAUGUCAGGUUCUGCAGACAACUAGCUUUCCUGAAAAACUGGCCAAUGGAAAAGCUAAUCGGAGAGCCGACCAAAUGUUUGUCACAUUUCUUCAGGCCUGGGACGAUAGUGGCAACUGACUGUAGGAACAGCGAGUGGAUUUAUAUCGUGAAAUCGGGCAAUGUGCAAAUUCUGAAACAGCUACAUUCUGUGAAACCGCGGUCUCCGAGGCGGGAGCAAGCCACGCCCAUACUGCCUAGAAUUGGAUCUGUUCAUCCAGCUUCCCGCAUCGAUACGGGCAUACCAAGAUCCAGGGGUGUGUCUGUACCAAAGCCCGUCUCAAGGGCCAUGACAGAGUUUUUCGAAACAAGGCGAUUUCGAGAACCCACAGAGGACGUCCUGUCUCUGCGGCCACAAUCCACGGAGCCUCAGGUAAUCGACGCAUUCUCUCUCAGCGACAGUUCUGACGACAUGCUCUGCGCAUGCUCAGACGACGACUCUCUCACCUCUGCUCGCUCUGUCGAUUCCGAUCAACCUAUCAAGCCUGAUCACACCAAGAGAUUCCAAACUCGCUCCCUGGAUGACGCAGAGAGUAAAAUAGGAAAUCCUGGUUUUUCCGAGAGCAAAAUGAAAUCGGCUUUUCCUACAAUCUCCUGUUGUCCCUAUCUCAUCAAACAGACUUGCGGAAAGGUACAGACCUUGCCGAAGACGCAAAGGAUCGUGAAACCAUCCUCCAAAACGUCGACCCCAAGGGCCGAGGAAGAAGAGUUAUUUGUGGAAGCAGCUGUACUCCGGGAGGGCGAGGUUAUUGGCCUGGACAACCUUCCUCUGUACACAGAAAAAGAUGGCCACACAAACACUGAGCGCACCAUCUUCAGUGCCGUGAGCCAAGGCGCCGAGGUGGUCCUUUUCUCAAAGAGAUUCUUUGUCCAGCAUGCCAGCACUGAAGUGAAACAGUUCGUCCACUCUGAGGUCCGGCCUUUCCCUGAUAAUGACUCUUUACAGGACAAGCUCCAAGUUCACGUGGACUGGGACAAGUAUAAGACAGAGGUGGUCGGAGACUUCUUGAAGCAGCGGAGAUUGCUUUUAGACCUGGGCGCGGUCAUGUGAUGCGGAAGUAAAUCUGCGCCGAGAUUGUGUUCAUGUUGCCAUGGCCACCAUGGCUGCCAUCAUAUUGAGGUGAAGGCCGGGUCAUAUCGAGAACUUCCAGUUAUAGAUUGAAGGCGAAGGUUGCUCACUUCCAGUUCCAUUUGAGGCGAGGGAAUUGUUUCUCGUUGGUUACACACUAAUAAAGGGGAGAUUAUAAGGAUAUUUCAGUCCCGCUGAAGUUAUCACUUACUAUUGCAAGCAGUUUCGCGCCUUCAACAGUUUUUCACUCAAAUAGAGAAACAAUGUGCGGUAAGCACAACGGCAUUCUUCGAUUCCUUAAGAGACUACCACAAAAACUGUAUCUUGAAAAAGUCGUAGGACCGUGAUCAUGACCAACUUUUUUUAUCGUACUGUUUGGAGAGUUACAUGUACAUCAGACUAAUUCUAUAUCCAAAAAACUUUUUGUGUUGAAUUGGGUGUUUUUCACAGCCUCAAAGGACUAUCGAGAGCUGGUUGAUUGCCAGUCUUGAAAUACGCGAGUCUUUAGCAAGAUGGUUUGAUGAAGAACGGCUUGAAAAUGGCCCAGAAUCAUAUUCCUGAAAGCGCUGAAUAAGGGCGCCAAUAGUCAACACCAUCCUGACAUAACCAGUGGUCUAAAAUCUACUCCGCCUCUCGAUAUUACAAUCUCCUGAUGAAAUCCAUUCCCUUCAGACGGAUUGUAGCGGUAGAAAAAAAGCGCCCAAUCAGCGCGUCGCUCUGUAUUAGAGCGGAUUUUGCACGAGCAACACAGUGCUCUUCCCGCACCAAAAGUACAUGUAGUUGAUGCAUCAUCAACAAGUCGUACGCGGAUUUCUGAGUGGAACUGGAAACCUACUGUGGUCCUUUUUUUCAAUAUUAUGUUCAUCCUUAGAGUAACUGAUCCGCACCGGACUUUUGAACAGGAAAUAAGUAGGUAGAUUUUUCGGAAAUAAGUAGGUACGUUUUACCGCCCAGAAAAAGUAAAUCGAAGGCUGAAUCGCUUGCCGUGCGAAAUCCGCUUUUGGGUUAUUGAAGGCUCUUUGCUGAAUUGCACGUCCCCCGCUGCAAGUUUGUUUCAUUUUAUAAUAAAGACACAAAAUCGCUUCAAUAGAAUGUUUAACAGCAUAAAAUCGAUGUAGCUUAAAGAAUCAAAAUGUUAGAAAGUUAUUAGAUUUCAGUACUACCUGUGUUUAUCGUAUUAUACGGCAAAUCUGAACAUAAACUAUACAAGGCGUGUAAAGUAAUCGGAACAGCCACCCUCCCCAUCGGAUCGUACUAGUUUUUCUCAUUGUUUUGUAUACGAGGUAGGAGUAUCAAUGAAACGGCCAGGGGCCAUUGUGCUCACCGUAUAGAUAUUUGGUACUUUGGAAUUCAUCCAGGUUAAGAAACAUUGUACAUGUAUAGUAUUAGUAUAUAGGUCAAACCAAAGUCGGUAUGACAUGUGAUGUAUCGUUGCUUGGAGUAAGUACCAUUAUGGUAACCAUAAGAAUAUCAUCAAAAACAAGUCACUAAUAAACGAGAUAUUGCACUUUUUACCAAUUUUAGUUUUGGCCUCUUGGUGGCCAAGUUGAGUACCAGAUCAGAUCGAAA